AUGGUAGGAGAACAAGUCUUGUUAAAGGUCUCACCUAUGAAGGGUGUGAUGAGGUUUGGAAAUAUGGGUAAAAUCAAUCCCAGAUUUAUUGGUCCGUUUAAGAUUCUUAAUCAUGUGGGGGAUGUAGCCUAUGAGUUGGCUUUGCCUCUAGGAUUGUCAGGUGUGCAUACAGUGUUUUAUGUCUCUAUGUUGAAGAGAUACCAUGGUGAUGGUUCAUUUAUCAUUUACUGGGAUUUUGUCUUGUUCGAUGAGAAUUUUUCAUAUAAGGAAGAGCCUAUUGUAAUUCUAGAUAGAGAGGUUCGUAAGCUGAGGUCGAAAGAAAUUGCGUCAGUGAAGUUUCAGUGGAAAAAUCAUCCUAUUGAAGAAGCCACUUAG